AUGUUUAACUACGAUGUCAAAUUUUUAACGAGCGAUGAUUCCAUUGAUAUAAAAAACAAUGACUUUAAAAGUUUUAAAUAUGAGAGUAAAAAGAAGCUUGAUGAAACAAUACAUGAUCAAGGGAAACGAAGUUUUUGCGAGCGACGUGGGGGCUAUUGGAGAUCACCGAGGCUUCGACAACUACGACAAUUGGAGUCAAAACUUCGUGACCGAAACAUAGCUUACUGUGAAUGGACCAAUGAUUCUCUAGUUACCGUUGUAUUUUCUUCAGGUGUCAUUGCUUAUAUUACAGUCAAAUACAGUACUUUGGAUGUAACACAAAUACUUUUUGAUAGAUAUUGUAUCGGAAAAAUAAAUGGACAAACAGUUACUGGUGUUAUUUUAUGCAAUAAACUUUUAUUAUUAUUACAUCCUGAUAAAGUUGCGACAUUAAUUACUUUUGGAAAAAUCGUUGAUGACCGCAUACCAUGUCAAAUAUCAGAGAGAGAUCCACACUUUCAAACAAUAGAUCUUGGGGGAUGUGUACGAAAAGUUGACCGACAUGUUUCUUGUUCAGAAAACUCCUCAUGUGUAAAAGUUUUAGUCUGGGGUGCCACUGUAUCUGAACCAGCACCUUGGAGUCCUGUCCUUGAAGACCAUGCCAACCUGCACUUAUACCAAAUUAUAGGGCAUCAAGUGAAUUUAUUGGCAUAUCACCAACUAGAAAAUGAAGUUUUAUUUGCUGAACUUUCUCACAAACAUGACAUUGUUCACAUCGUUGAACAAAUUGCUGGUCACAAGACAGUGGGAAACUUAAUAUGGCAUCAAUAUGAAAUACCUCAAGGGAAUAACCGAAUAACAAAACUGUCAUCAUUAGUUGAGAGUACCACUAAAGUGUCAUUGCCAGCACCAGCAAGAGUGGCAAGGCGGUCACCUUGCGAUGUAAGAAUCCUUGUGGCUUGUAUAGACGCCUCUAUCCAUGUGAUACAUCAAGUUGCAGGACUCACUCAUUCUACAAAAGCUGGAUUUAUAGCUACAGAUGUCCGAUGGACAGGAGAACUUAUAGUAGCGGCAGAGGAGGUCGGUCGCCUGCAGUGCUUCGACCGCGCCUUGUCGCUAUUGCACCACCACUCCAAGUGUCUCGACCUUACGUCUUAUAUGAGAGAGUCACGGCGUGUACAAUUACUGGCAACUCAUAGUCGUAGAGGGGGGUCACUGUUAUUGGCAACACUCGCAGGGGGACCACUGGUUUUGCUGCGAAUAACUCACGCGCGCUUAAUAACGGCAUGGAUACGUUCGAAUCGUUUCGCGAACGCAGCGGGCCUCCUGCGGGCGCUGGACUGGCAGGCGCAGGCGGCGGAGUGCGCGGCGGGCGUGCGCGCGCUGGCGGCGGGGCGCGGCGCGGCGCGCGGCGGCGCGCAGGCCGCGCUCGGCGCCUUCCUCGCGCCCGCCGCGCCGCUGCCGCCCGCCGCGCUGCGCCACGCGCCCGCCGCGCACGACCUCGCGCGGGCCUACUUCCACUACCUGCUCAGGCGAGGUCAUAUCGAGAAGGCUCUCAGUUUAGCGGUGGAUCUAGAAGCUUGGGAUUUAUUCUCCGACGCCAAGUGGGCCGCCAAGAGGUUAAACUUGCCCCAUCUCGCUGAAGAAGCUGCUAAUUGUGCCGCUUAUUAUGCGAAAUUGCAUCGACCGGAUUCAGAAUGUUCAGAGUCCUGUUCACAGUGUAGUUCUCAUUCGUGCACUGGUUCCGAAGACGAAUCAAGCACAUCCUCAAAAGCCAUUAAAACAAAUCCCCCGCCAUUACCCCGAGUACCCUUACCCACCCACCCGUCUAUACUGACAUUAUCUGUAAAUCAAAAUGAUACAUUCACACCAAACAGUAUUCGACCUAACUUACACCAAUAUUUGGAAAGAGACAAUACUAUUUGGGGAAAAACUGUACAUGACGAUUCAUACCUCAAUAAUAAUUAUAAGCGAGAACUUUUGAAACCGAUUCAGCCCCAAAAUAUAAGAUGGAAUAGCGUGGAUAAUGUGUUAAAUAUUCAGAGAACGGUUAAUAACUCUCAAAGUUAUGGAACCUUGCGACUGAAUCCAGGGAACAGUGUACUAUCUAUACCUCGCUCGCAAGAUGAAAGAAUAUCAGCACAUUUUAAACAUCUAUUUCAAACGGAAUUGAGAGGUGAAGUAAAUAAUGAUCAAUUGAAUUCUAACGUGCCAUCAAUUAACAGUAAUUUCAACGAAAGAUACCGACAAGACAACUUUAGUGCAGUUCUUAAAACUGAGAAGAACAAAGUGAAAUUUUCGGACACAGUCACUAUCGCAGUUGUUCCGGUGAGUCAAAAUUAGUGUCUAGCGCAGGAUAGGCUAGGGCCGAACCCGACGCUCGAACUGGCGGACAGCCUGCCUCUGUGUCCACCGCACCGCUACCUGGCUGCCUUCGCCCCUGCCGCCCCUGCGCCCCUCGUGCCUGCCGCUCGCCUCGCCCCUGGCGCCCCUGACGCCCCUGAGAACGCUCCCCCGAAGCCGUUAAAAAUCAAAGUCGUCCAUUUUGGAAUGGUGUAGUUAAGUCAAAUUUGGUUAUAAAUUAAUAACUUCGAUGUCCGUCCAUUCAUAUAUCUAAGCUUUAACGUUGUUGUAAUAUGCUAAACAUAUAGUAAGUUUAUAUAAAAUACACAUUUCCUUUAGUUUUUUACCACGGCUACCUCCUUAUAUUUGUUACCUCUAUCUAUGUUAUUAUUACCUAUCUUAUUACCAUCAUUUCUUAUAUUUCGAUAUAAUUUUAUAGAAAUAUGUUUGCUUUUAUGUAAAACAUUUAACUCAAAUUAUGGGACUCAAAUUUUCAGAAAACGUCUGGGAAUUUCAUCUAUAAUGGUGUAAUUGGAAUCUAGAAUAAUUACUUAUUGUUUUUAAAAUUAAGUAUCAAAAAUAAAUCACUAUAUAGAAUAGAAAUUGUUAUAGGUAUAAUAUGUAAGUUUUAUACAAAAACCACUUUUAUAUGCUUGUAAAAAAUACAAUUAAUUACUUGACGACCUUAUGACUUUUAUUCAUACUAAUAAAUCGGGAAAAAUUUA